CUCAGGACACUGAACAUAGUUCAUACAGUAAAUAUUUGGGUUUUUACUGCGGACUGUGCUGUCUUCGUGGUCGAUGAGAGGAAAGGCUAAUGCAAGGGAGAAUAACCUCAAGGACUGAGCACCAACCCAAGGAGAAAGGUUUAGAAUAGAACGCUUAUGCAAAUAUGGAUGAUCUAAAGCACCAAGUUAUGAUAAAUCAGUUCGUCCUGACUGCUGGAUGCGCGGCAGACCAAGCGAAACAGCUUCUACAAGCGGCACAUUGGCAGUUCGAGACUGCAUUAAGUGUCUUUUUUCAAGAAACCAAUAUUCCAUACAGUCACCAUCAUCAAAUGAUGCACACUCCAGCCAACACACCAGCAACACCUCCCAACUUCCCAGACGCCCUGGCCAUGUUCUCCCGCCUCAAGGCCUCAGAGAGCUUCAACGCCAGCAGUCCCAUAGCCUCCAUGGCGACCUCUCCUCCUCAGGUCAACUGGGCCAUGGGCCCUUCUGCCCCAGGUCAGACCCAGCAGGGCCUGUGGACUUCUGGGCAGAUGCCCUCUCAGGUGCCUCCCCCUGGGUGGCCCCAAGCCGUCACACAGCAGGCCUCCAGUGAACAGGCCAGCGUCACCAUGGAGGCAGAGAGAUGAGAGCACUGCAGGGGCCUCGCGUUAACAAGAGGAACCAAUAUCGGGCAGUCCUCUUUGACAAAAUGAGAAAUGAAUUGUCUGCAAGGGAGAACAGAAAACCAAGCGAUGUUGUGGACAUGCACUGAGGACAGGAAGGAGGAAUUAUGAGCAUACAGCUGAUGAACAUUCACAUGACGCCACAUUGUACAAAUUUGCAGACAAUUUUAGUUAGGCAUAUGUUUCAUUUUUUUCCAUUGAUCUGAAACCAGAGACUAAGGUGGACUUGUAUAACUAGUGCCGAAGAAGGAUCUUAUUGUUGUACACACCGAUGUGUAUGACAGUGUCAUCAUCUUUCCUUUGUCUUUCUGGAGUGGUGUCAAUGGACUGGAUGCCUUUGAUACUGGGGGUGCACUGCAUAAAUAACAUCAUUCUUCUUGAUUUUUUUUAACCAGUGUAAGUGUGUGAAUAUCAUGUGUUCUAGUAUUCUAAUGUGCUUAGAAACCAACUUGGAUCUGCUUUUUCAAACAUUGGGCAAUGACUUUGACUGUCUCACUCACACAAUCAAGGAACACCAGCUAGCCAAUCCAACUUAUGUUUAAUAAGCAACUUUACAAACUGCUCCUCUUUGUAUACAGUGUUUCUGUCUGCAUUGAAUGCUAAAGGAUGUUUUACUGCAAUCAUGGUUCAGUGUUUUUGUAUCAUUUUGUUUUCAGCCACUAGUGUUCAGAGGAUAAGUGAGAUAAAGGUUUCUGUCAGAGCGAGACUUCUUGCUUGAUAUUCCAGCUGUGCACCAUCUCGAAGUAGCAGACAGAUAGUUUUUGAUACAGUGUUGUUGUUGCUUAAGAUGGAAAUCAACAUAUUAGGGGAAAAUAAUAAAUAGGGAAAAUAUAUUUGAAAGAAUAUAGAUUUAAAAUAUAUAAAUAAAAAAUAAGAAGAAAAAAACUGCAUAUUUGGUGAUGCUGUCUCAGGAACUCUCGGCUCAAAAAUGUUUCGUCUAGGCACCUGAUCAUCUUUUUAUUUUGUAAAAUGGAAUGAAUAUUGCAAUUGAAAGGAACUGAUACAUUCAGGGAAGGACUCAUCCAAACGUUUUCUAUUCUACGAUCUGUUAAUCUGAUAAUCACACUAGUUUUGCUUUGCACAUCGGUUAAUCUGAACACACGCCUGUUCCGCAGUGUUUUCCAAGAGACAGCUACCACAACAAUUUUGUGAAUUACCAGACAAUUAAUUAUUUUGUGUUUCUGAAUAAAUAUUGUAUCUAUUACACUGCAUUAGA